CUGGCUGCGUCCCUGAACGCAUCGGUGCAGUCAGUGUCAGUGGAGUCUCCAUGCGCUUGGAGCUCCGGUCUGGACGCGGGCCAGAGCCUGUCUGGUAUCAAACCAGCCUGAACAGAUACUCUCAGACAUCUCAUUUCUUCACCUCAUUCCUGAGUCGGGACUCUGCCCACCCCUUGUGUAAAGCAAUUUAAACCUGAUAGGACAUCAUCUGCCUAUCUCCUCUGAGAAUCUCCUCUGGACUGUUACACAGCAGCAGCAGCAGCAGCAGCACUGUGGAGUCUGAGCCACGCAUGGCUUUUACGCGCAGACCCGCGUCCACGCACUGUCCACCAACUGCCGUGUGAGACGCACUUUAAUGCAAGUUUGAAGUUGUGACUUCUCUCAUGCUCCAUAUUUGACCCCGAUCCGUGGAAAUGCUCCGUCCAGAUCCAUAAAGGACCAACGACUGGUUAAUAUGAACUUAAUGCCAAGUGGAAUAUGUUUUUAUUUGUCUAUAGCAAUCUGCUGGCUGAUGGCCGGGGAGGUCGAUGCGUCCUGGUGGUACAUGGGCACACUAGGCUCUCAGGUGAUGUGCGACAACAUCCCUGGUCUUGUGAACAAGCAGCGCCAACUGUGUCGCCAACACCCCAGAGUGAUGCAGGCCAUUGGGGCCGGGAUGAAGGACUGGAUCUCAGAGUGCCAGCAUCAGUUCCGCAGCCACCGCUGGAACUGCAACACCACCACCAGGGACCACAACCUGUUCGGACGCCUGCUGCUACGCAGCAGCCGAGAGGUAGCCUUCGUGUACGCCAUCUCCUCGGCCGGUGUGGUUUACACGUUGGCGCGAGCCUGCAGCCAAGGGGAGCUGGACUCCUGCUCCUGCGAUCCCACUAAGAAGGGCUCGUCGCAGGACGCCAAGGGCACCUUCGACUGGGGCGGCUGCAGCGACCACGUGGAGCACGCCAUGCGCUUCAGCCAGGCCUUUGUCGACGCCAAGGAGAGGAAAGAGAGGGACGCGCGGGCUCUCAUGAACCUGCACAACAAUCGAGCCGGCAGGAAGGCAGUGAAGCGCUUCAUGACGCUGGAGUGUAAAUGUCACGGUGUCAGCGGGUCGUGCAGCCUCCGCACCUGCUGGUUGGCGAUGGCCGAUUUCCGACGCACCGGCGACCACCUGCGGAAGCGCUACAACGGAGCAGCGCAGGUCGUCGUCAACCAGUACGGCACUGGGUUCACCGCCGCGCACGCACACUUCAAACGGCCCAGCAAGAACGACCUGGUGUACUUUGAGAACUCGCCGGAUUAUUGCAUACGGGACCACGAGUCAGGGUCGAUGGGGACAGGGGGCCGCGUCUGUAACAGGACGUCCCGCGGCGUGGACGGCUGCGAGGUGAUGUGCUGCGGCCGGGGCUACGACACGUCGCGGCUCAGCCGCACCUCCAAGUGCGAGUGCAAGUUCCACUGGUGCUGCGCGGUGCACUGUCGCGACUGCCAGCAGCAGGUGGACGUGCACACGUGUAAAGGCCAGACGUGACGUCACUGGACUCAACCGAGCAGUCACUCACACACACACACACACAAAGGAUAGUGCAUAGACUCCACCCACCCCCCCAACAUCACCUGAUCACCUGUCAAUCAAACAGUAGCUCGUCUUGUUGCUUUUCAUCCCGUCUCGUGGUCUUUUAUCUGAUGAUCCAGUUCCUCCAUCUGUAAGAUAUUAGUCGCAUGUUUGUUCACAUUGUCAGAUAACAUUUAACCUGACACAUUAAAACCAGAUUUAGAGGUGGAUUUAAAUCCGAUUCGGAUCAGUUUUCUACAGCGACACAUGACGACAAUGUCAAAACCAGUGCUGGUACACAGUGGAGUUUAGAGUCUUCUAAAUACAAUCAAAGGCCACUUUAUUAGGUACACCUUCAAUUGCUUAUUCAUGCAAACAUCUCAUCAGCCAAUCACAUGGCAGAGACUCGAUGCCUUGCGUUUAGGGAAGUAGACGAGGUCAAGACGACCUGCUGAAGUUUAAACCAAGCCUCAGAGGUGUGGUCCGAAAAAGAGAAUAUCCAGAAAACAAACCGCCUCGUUGAUGCCGGCGGUCAGAGGGAAAUGAUCAGACUGCUUGGAAAUGAUGGAAUUACAAAAGUAACUACAGACGAUGUAUGAAGAAGAGCAGAUGAGCUGCAGCAGCAGAUCACAGCGGGAACACUGAGGUGUCCUGUGUACCUAAUAAAGUGGCUGCUGCUGAGUUAUUCUUGUAAAAUUGAGGAGUUCUACACUGUGACCUGACGGGGUGAGUUGAUGCUCCUCCUAUUUUUCCUGCAUCCUUUAAAAAAAACAAACAAAAAAACACUGCAAAUGUGGUCACACCUACGCCGUUACCAAAGCAACCCAUGCAGAUAAGGUCGGUCAUGUUGGCCUCACAGAUCUGGUGUCAUCACUUUAAUCUGCCUGACAAGAUCUGCUGUUGGACACAGACAACCUGUGACAGUGACGCUGCAGUCAAGAGUUUUCACACCAGGAAACAGAAGCAGCAUAAUCUGAUCUGCCCUGGGUCAAAUCGACGCUCUGUAAGUAAACAGAGGAGAAAGAGGCCCCGAGCACUGACACGCUGAAAUGACAUCUGACAUUAUAUAAUCUGUUAUAAUGGUGUCACUCUGUGCUGCCUUUGACACCAGGUUAAUGUAAAGCAGACUCAAAGCCACCAUUGUUUGUUUAGCAGCAGCAACAGCAGGGUUGCCAGGUCUGAGUGUCUGCAAAAAAUAGAGCAAAUGUAAAAAGCAACUCCUUGUUAAUAAAACUAUUCAAUCAGCCAAUCACGUGGCAGCAACUUAAUACAUUUAGGCAUGUAGAAUGAGCAGACUGGUCUGAAAUAACAGAAAGACAACAGAACCUCAGGAUUGCAGGACAACAUGUCAAACCUUGAAGCAAACCGACUACAGCAGCAGCAGACCACUUUAUUAGGUACACGUGAUACCUAAAGAAGUGUUUUUUUUACUUUUUACUUCCAGUACAUUAACAUGAAAUCACCAAAACAAACAAUCUCAAUCCUCCUCCGCUCACUCUGUCACUGCCGAUUUUAAUUAUAACCUAAAAUCUGUCCCAUUAUUCUGACACGACAUGGAUCAGCGUUGUUGAUGUGAUUGUUGGUAACUUACCAAUCUGUCCACUGUCCGGUUGCUGCAGCAACAGUUUAACAUCCUGUACACACAAACACACCUACAGACAAGUUACUCAUUCAGUGUGAGUCUUAUAAAACCAGCACCAGGUGUGGAAAGAGCAGACUUUUAUAGUGUCUAAGUGUUUUACUGUCCUUUGUCUAAAGGUGUAAAGUCUCUUCUUCCUUCACUCUAUUUAUUUACUCUCACAAAUGUAAAAAAAAAAAAUCUAUUUGUUAAUAAUCUGUUUUAUAAACCUAUGAUCACAACAAUAUUUCAACACAUUUCUUUGUAGAUAAGUGGGUGUUUUUCAUCCUUUACUUGCAGAGUUUAAUCAGACAGGGCCCUGUGUGUGUGUGUGUGUGUGUGUGUUUGAGUAAAUAUUUUUGUAAAUUAAAAUCAGAUUAUAGUUUAUGGAACCAUUUACUGGAACCAGAGAACGCACAAUAUCAUCAACAAUAAAAACUGUUUUAACGAAUUCUUACCGCACCGACGCAGCUGCGGUUAAAGCGGGAGCCAGCUUCCUCCCAACUGAGUUUGAAUACAACAGGGCAAACAAUAAGUCGAGUCAUAUUUACCAGCCAGUUAAUCUGGAAAGAAAAUGUUGAGGCUUAGAAUGUGCAAAUAAGGAAAUCUUCAUCCUCCUGUGUGGAAAGAAAUAUUCAUACAGAACCACAUCAUUGUUCAGCCUCCUGAGAUGAUAUUGUACUCACAACACACCGACUGCAAAUAUUAGAAUACUGCACUCUCCAAAAACGAUUUCCUGCCAAUCACUACUUCACAAAUCCUGGUGGUGGCGCUAGAUGUCAGUCGAAAACGUCUUUUUUCGAUGCAAAAACACACAGAAAGGCUGGCUUUAUUUAAAAUUCCUAAAGGUGAGGGAGUGAAGUGGAGAAGAACGUGAAAUUAGAGCAGCUGUCUGCUGUGAGGCUGCAGUACCACUGACACAGAGGAAGAGGGCGACAGAGCGCAGGACUGUAGCUAAACCAGCUCUGCGUUUGUGAACAGUGACGUUGAAAAUAUUGCUUUGAAACGUCAUUUUCGAACACUUAGCAGCUGUUUUAAUCAUUUA